AUGCGGGAGAUUUGCGGAUUUACGUGCGACGGUGAGAAAGACGCGACGAGAGGGAAUGAAAUCCUGAACCAGAGUCGCGACCCGGAGGAGGCGGGUGCCGACACGCGAUGCGAUAGGUUUCGUCCUGGAUCAGAAAUCGCGGCGCCAUCCGUGGCGCACUCGGUGCUUCUUUCUCGAGGCGCCAUGGCGCCCUUCCACGAGUACUUGGAGAACCCCAACAGAGCGCCCUUUCACGAGUACUUGGAGAAUCCUAACAGAGUCUUUGACGCUUUCUUCCCGGACAAGCAGCGCUCUGAAAAGCUCUCCGAGGACCUGUGGCGCAUCCACAUGCUGCCAAUCACGUUGAUCCUCGUCACGGCGCGCCCAAUAGUGGACAUGCGAAUUUUCCUCGACCAACCCUCUCCAGUGCUCGACCGAGUCCGAGAAGCUUCCUCCGUGAAGCAUGUCAUGCGCCUGCAAGCGACCAACUGGGAGCUCAAGGGAGUGGACUACGACCCGGCCAACUUCUCCCUCGACGUGCGCGGAUCCCUCUUUGCCCAGUCCGCCGCCCGGCCGAACCAGCCCACCGUUGUCACCAGCUAUGCCAGCAGCAGCAGGCAGGCACAGGGGAACGGCUCUAGCUUCAGCUUCAGUAGCAGCAGCAGCAGUAGCAGCAGUAGCAGCAGCAGUGGGAAUGGCAGCGCCACCAUGACUGCUUACAGUAGCUCCAGCAGAUCUGGCAGUAGUAGCAGCAGCAGUAGUAGCAUGAGCUAUGGUGGCCGGCAGAGUGCCGCCCGGAGUAUGCUGCGGGGACAGAUGGCGGUGACGGUGGGCAUGCAGGUGCCGCCCAACCUCUUCCUUGUGCCCCGCCAGUCCAUUGAAGCUGUUGGUAGCGCGGUGCCACCCAACCUCUUCCUCGUGCCACGGCAGUCCGUUGAAGCUGUUGGCAGCGCGGUGAGCUGGCAGCAAUGA